AUGGCGGACACUACAGCCCAAGCCCCAGCCCAUCCCGCGGCGGGAACCACGGCACCAGCACCAGCACCAACACCAAAACAAUGGAUCUUCAAUGCCUUCACCAUGAACACACCAGGCCACUUGGCAGCCGGCUUGUGGAGGCACCCGCGCAACCGUAGCGCUCACCACAACGACAUUGAAUACUGGACGGACCUCGCAAAGAUCCUCGAGGCCGGCAAGUUCCACGGCCUGUUCAUCGCCGACGUGCUCGGCCAGUACGAUGUGUACAAGGGCCCCGGCAACCUCGAGCCCGGCCUGGCUGGCGCGGCUCAGUUUCCCGUAUCUGAUCCAUUUAUGCCCAUCUCCGCCAUGGCCGCCGUGACCAAACACCUGACUCUGGGCGUGACGGCGUCGACGACAUACGAAGCCCCAUAUCUGCUGGCCCGGCGCUUCGCCACGCUCGACCAUCUGACCAAGGGCCGCAUCGCGUGGAACGUGGUGACGAGCUACUUGCUGUCGGCCGCGGAGAACCUGGGGCUGAAGGACGAGAUCGCGCACGACGAACGAUACCGCAUGGCCGACGAGUACAUGGACGUGACGUAUAAGUUGUGGGAGUCGACGUGGCGGGACGAUGCCGUGGCGCGCGACGUCGAGACCAAACAGUAUACAGUUCCGGGCCGGGUGCGUAGGAUCAACCAUGAAGGAAAGUAUUACCGGUCGGCCGGACCUCUCCAAGUGGCGCCGUCGAUCCAGCGGACGCCGUACCUGUUCCAAGCGGGGACGAGCACGGCGGGCAAGGCGUUCGCGACCAAACACGCCGAGUGCCUAUUCCUGCCGGGCAUGACGGUCGAGUCGGUGCGCAAGUCGGUGCAGGAGAUCCGGGCGCUGGCGGCACAGCAGGGCCGCGACCCGGCGACGAUCAAGAUGAUCAUGGGGGUGUUGAUCAUCGUGGCCGAGACGGACGCGCUGGCCCAGGCCAAGUACGAGGAGUACCUGACCUACGCCGACCUGGAGGGCUCCAUGACGCUGUUCGGCGGCUGGACCGGCUCCGACCUGUCGCAGUACGGCGACGACGACGACUUCCAGUUCGCCGGGCCCGGCGCCAUCCGCAGCAUGGUCAGCUCGUGGUCCGCCACCAUCCCGGGCACCGACGGCGUCAAGUGGUCCAAGAAGCGCGUCGCCCAGGAGCUGGCCAUCGGCGGCGCCCACGUCCGCGCCAUCGGCUCCCCCCACACCGUCGCCGACAUCCUCCAGCACUGGGUCGACGAGACCGGCGUCGACGGCUUCAACUGCUCCUACGCCGUCAAUCCGGGCGACUUCGAGGACAUCAUCAACCACCUCUUCCCCGUGCUGAGGGCCCGAGGCGUCUUCUGGCACGACUAUGCCGCCGACACCGCCCGCGAAAAUUACCUGCAGGACAACGCCGGCCCGCGUCUGAGACCCGAUCAUCCGGGCGCCAAGUACAAGUGGCCGGCCGAGUGA